AACUGUUUCCCAACACUGAAUUUAAAACUCAACAAUGGAGAAUGAGAAAGGUGAGAGUUCAAGUAUAUUCAAAAUGGGUAAUUCUGCACAGGAGAGGAGUUUACCGUAUGUGCCAGAUUGUUACGCUGUCCCACCUUCCUACGAGCCACGUGAUGCGCUCGAUUCAAAUUUUGAAAUCGUACCAACGAUCGAUAUUUCUCGCUUGAAAGGCAGCGAUGAUGAGCGUCGUGGGGUUAUUCAAGAGCUAAGUUCAGCAUGUCAGCUUUUCGGGUUUUUUCAAAUAGUGAACCAUGGAAUCAACCAGAACAUACUAGACGAUGCAUUGGAGGUUGCGCACGGCUUCUUCGAGCUGCCGGCGAAGGAGAAAAAGAAGUUUAUGUCGAACGAUGUGUAUGCACCGGUUCGGUACACUACGAGUAUCAAGGACGGUUUGGACAAGAUUCAGUUCUGGAGGAUAUUUCUGAAGCACUAUGCACAUCCACUUCACCGUUGGAUUCACCUCUGGCCUCAAAACCCACCCGAAUACAGGGAAAAAAUGGGAAAGUUUUGCGAAGAAGUGAGGAGUCUAUCUCUCGAGAUAAUGGGAGCGAUAACGGAGAGCCUAGGACUAGGAAGAGACUACCUGUCGUCCCGGAUGGACAAAAACGGCAUGCAAGUCAUGGCCGUCAACUGUUAUCCACCGUGUCCGGACCCUACGACGGCUCUAGGCCUGCCGCCGCAUUCAGACUACAGUUGCAUUACCAUCCUUCUACAAAACUUAACCGGUCUCGAGAUCUUUCAUCUGUCGGCUCACGGUGGCUCUGGCCGCUGGGUUCUUGUACCAGAAGUCAAAGGUGUACUCAAGGUCCAUAUCGGUGACCAUGUGGAAGUGCUAAGCAAUGGAUUAUACAAGAGCGUCAUUCACAAAGCUACUUUAAAUGAAGAGAAGACGAGAAUCUCCCUCGCGAGCUUGCAUAGUUUGGGUAUGGACGAUAAAAUGAGUGUACCGUACCAGUUGGUUAACAAUGAAAACCCGGCUCGGUACAGAGAGAGCAGCUUUAACGAUUUUCUUGCUUUUCUUGUCAAGAAUGACAUCUCUCAAGGGGAAAGGUUCAUUGACACUCUUAGAAUCAAGGACUGAUCGAGUUAAAAAAAAAAAAGGACUGAUCGAGUUAUAGCACGUUGGUCAAGUGUAACAGGAAGAAAGACUAGUUUGGUUUGCUACGCGAUCUAUAUAACACAGUUCAUGUCCUCGUUCCUUUAGCCUGUGUGAUAACGUGGACAUUAUAGAGAUCAGAGGCAUGCAAUAUAUAUAUAUGUGUGUGUUAAAUUGUAAUGCCAUAAAUGCUGUUUUAAUGAAAUCGAAGCAUUUCCUUCCCU